UGAGUGUACGCGAUAACAAGUGGUAUACUCCUUUGUGAUUGAGUGUUCAGAUCGUUCGAAAGCAAGUUCGUAAAAAAGUCGACAACUAUUUCGUCGAUUAAGGGUAUCAGAUUCGAUUAAAGUACCAUUGUUUGUGACAAUUCAGAAAAUGAUACUUUCUGUGUGUAUAUGCGAAACUAAUAAAUCAUUGCGAAAAAGUUGAUUCGCAAGAAGGCAAUCAUUAUCUCUUGUCAGUUUCCUUGACAAAUAUGUUUAAAAUGAAUAAUCUUUUGAAAGAACUAGAUGCUCUAAAAAUUACGAGCGACUUUUCCGACGAUGGUUUAUGGGCAAGAUGCAUUGAUCUUGUUCAGAAGAGUUAUGUUCCUGAGAAAACCGUCGGUGCUAGUCGACCAUGCGAAGAAGACGAUUUCAGAGAGUAUAAACAAGUUAUAGACAGAAAUUUGCAAAAUAUCAAAUCUAUCCUUCAGCAUAUCAUUCACAGUCGUAAUGGAGGACAUGUGCAAAUAGAUUUAAAUGCAGCAGUAGUAAAAACCUUUACUAUCAACUUGUUAUUACUUAUUGGAGAACAACAUGAAAAAAAUGUUUGGAACACUAUAGAGUCUGUAUCUAUCUCCAAAGAAUUAAUCAACGGAAUCUUAGAAUUACAUAGACAUCAAGUCAUUUCACAAUUUUUAAUGGAACAAAAUAACUUUACCACAGUAUUGUUAACACUAAGGCCUAAGUUAUUAAAAGAUACUUGGAAAUCUUAUCCAGCAGCCCUAGCUUGUUAUAAAUGGAUCUUAUAUCAAAUUGAGAAACCAGGUUUAUACAAUCAUAUUAACGACGUGCUUCCAACAGCUUUAAUAAUUGUUGAUGAUUAUGUGCCACAAAAUGUUGUAGUUGGUCUUGAAUGUUUACAUCAAAUUAUUCAACAUUCUCAUUUGAAAAAAGGAUUAAUUGACACAGGGUAUGCCAAAGUAAUUUUCCAUGCUUUAGAGUGUUUAACUCAUCGAAGAGAAGCCAAAUAUGUAAUUUUGGUAUAUUUAUGCUUAACAAGUUUGUUAGCUACCAUUGAACAUUGGGAUAAUACGUUAAAUGUGUUUGAAUGGACAAAGCGGGAUGAUAUUCUAGCUGUUUUGCUAGAUAAUAUGGAAUUUGAACAAAAUGUAGAAUUGAGACGUGUGUAUAUGUUGAGUUUACCUCAACUUUUGACUAAUAUUGGUUGUGCCAAGUGGUGUGAAAGAUUAACAAGAAUACUUUCUGAAUAUUGUGAGCAUCAUACAGAUUUAAAAACAUUAAAAGCAACAUUGGAGACUGCAAAAACCUUCCUAUUGAUGUUUCAUCUUCGAGUGGCAGCUCAUUGUGUACCUCUGUACACUGCCUUCUUAAAAUUGCAUUUUGAUUUAACAAAAACUCCAGUAUUUGACAAAGAAAUAAUACAGAAUUUAGAGGACUGUAUUUGUUUAUUAUAUAAAUUAUCUCCAAAUGUAGGUUGUGCAAUUAUGAAUGAUGAUCGAAUGCGUUCAGUGAUUAAAAAUAGUCUGCAAGUAGUUUGUUUAGGUGAUACUAAAUAUUUUCAAUAA